AUGAAAGCACUUGUUGUUGGUCGGUGGAUCAAAGAACGAGCAGUGCAAUUGAAUCUGUUCGAAAAUGAAGGUACUCGUUUAGAUGUCUUUAAUUUGCGAACUGCACUCAUCUCGACUCGUGUCUAUAUUGUUCUCCUCACAUUUGCCGUCGCUAUUCUCGUUUUGUACACUGCACUGUAUGGCAACACUCAAAAUAUUACAAUUCAAAAUCCAUCACAAAUGACCUAUGAAAUUUUGUUCAACAAAUAUCCGACGACACUUUUGUGUCGGUGCAGUCAAGUUACCAUUCCAUAUGGUAAAUUCAUUUCGGUAUUUACUCGAUAUCAUCCGAUUUGUUCAAGUUUCUUCGUCUCUCAAACCUGGAUAAAUAUGCUGUUUAAUCCAAAUAUCAGCUAUUAUAUACAGAUCGAUUUUCGCUCAUCCGCGAGUGGCCUAUUUCAAUUGCUGUCAUCAUAUUGUUCUUUUGUCAACAGAUCAGUGAAUGAUGCUCUAGACGAUUUUCUUUCAAAUUCUCUUCUUUCUAUGUAUGUUCUUUCAUCACAGUCUCUCGACAUUCAAAUACAAGAGGAGAGUUUAUUUGUGCAAACGUCUACGGCCAAUAGUAUUCGUCGACUUAUACGUCUCAUUCGCAAUACAACCUACAGCAAUCAUUUACAGCCAGCAUUACAAACAUCGUCAAUGGCUGCACUGUAUUUUUUUCCUGAUGGUCAAAUUGCCUCGGGUGUACUAGAUGGUUCUUACAUUCAAACCGAUGGACUACAAUGUUGGUGUAGUGUUUCAUCUAAUUGCUCUACAGCUGUUGCAUUUUUUGAUCUUUACGCUUAUGAUACCGGGGGAGUCUACAUAUCACCCACUUUGCCCAUUGCUAAUUUGAGUGGAUUUGUGGUCGGAUGCUAUGCGAUCGAGUCUCUUUUGCGAUCAACACUCGAGUGUUUCUUUGAUAAAACAUGUCUGGAUACGUUGGAUAGAUUCUUUCCAAUUACUAGUAUAACUAAUUUCGAUGUAUUAAGUGCCAAUCAAACACGAUUUCCUCGGCAAACAUCCAUAGAAACAUUGAUUAAUGAGUUAUUCAUCGAAGAAUGGUCUACAGUGAUUUCGUUCUCCUCCUAUUACCAACAAUGUGCUCCCAUGUCAUGCACAUAUAUGUAUGUGCAACACAAUAAUGUUCUGUAUAUUUUGACUACGCUUUUGGGUCUCUAUGGUGGACUCACUGUUGUUCUUCGUCUCUGUGUAUUAUAUUUCAUCGACUUCUGGCGAAGAAGAUCUAUCCGUUCUGCAGAUACCAAUACAAUAGUGCCACCAAUUGAGCGCGUACGAGUAGCAUGGCGGCGUGCACAAAUUAACACACUUCAGUUAAAUCUAUUCAAUACUGAUAAGGCACGCACUGAUGCUUUGGAAUUACGCGUUGGGGUCAUUUCCACUCGUAUCUAUAUUAUUCUUUUGUGCCUGGUUGCUACUGUCCUUACCAUCUUCAAUGGGUUAAGAACUCAACUUCAAAAUGUUUCGAUUCAGAAUCCAUCUCAAAGAAUUUUUGAAGACUUACAAAAAAGUUACCCAAUUACGCUACAAUGUCCGUGUAGUGAAAUAGCUAUCAGUUUCGAUUCGUUCUUAUCAUUAUCUCCGACCUAUCACCCAGUGUGUUCCAGCCCUUACGUAUCUUUCGACUGGAUCAAUUCCAUUGUGGGAACAGUGAAUCUUAACUUUUCAUACAGCUAUACGGAUUUUCAUAUGGUUGGUGAAGCAUUUUUCAGUAGUAUAGCUACUUUAUGUUCACUCGCUCAAUCAACAAUAUCUGAUAAUUUGUAUAUUUUCAAUCAGACCACAUUGAUUACAGGUAGCGCAGUGUCUUAUGCUGAGUUAAUGGCACAUGCAGAUGCUGCUCUCAAUCAAUUCAAAUUAAACACGCUGGCUGAAUUCAGGCGUGCUCUUUUGCUUAUUCAGCUACAUACAGAUGCCAUGUUUUCGACAGCACGAGGCAAUGCCGAUUUAUACACUUACCAAUUAGCAGAUCGUAUUGACUUCCACUCAGUACCAACAAUGUAUGGCAAUUGUUCAUGUGCGCUCAACGACUAUUGUCAGCAACAAGUAUAUAUGUAUUCGAACGGAAAUGAAAGCACGUACGAAAUAAAAUUUCCUAUUCCAAACGUUUUCAUUGGCUGCUUCGUUACUCAAUCUGUUCUUCAAUCAACGCUUGAAUGCUUCUUCAAUAAAACAUGCUUAAAUGCUGUACAGGCUGAGAUUAGUUCAGCGCAAUCCAUCAAUGUAUCCGUUCUUGAUUCAAACUUGGCUAGAUUUUCAUCUGAAAUGUUCAUUGGUACAUUGAUCAAUGCACUUAUGGUCGACCGGUGGGCUCAAACCGUCCAGUAUAGUCAAUACUAUGUACAGUGUGCACCAGAAUUGUGCACCUACACAUUCACUGCUCGCAAUAAUGCAUUGUAUAUAUUGACAACAGUGAUUGGCUUGAUUGGUGGGCUUAAAGUCAUCCUUAAAGGCAUUGGUUCACUAAUAUACGGCUUGAUACUAUAUCAAAUGCAACCACGAAUCACAACAAAUAAUAGAGCAGGCAAGUUUUACUAA